AUGGCCGAGGAAGUGGUCCCCUCGCUGCCCGACCCAUCGGUCACGAUCCCAAGGCCUUAUCAUCGCACUGCAUCACCGCCUCGCAACGAUCAGGGCCUGAUAAUCUGCGACCACAUCGACUGUCGGGGCAGGAACGAGACGUUCGAGAACCCCUGCCGGUGGGACAAACACAUGGACAAACACGAGAGGCCAUACAAGUGUGGGGAGGCCGGCUGCGAGUUGCGUCCCGGAUUCACCUACUCAGGCGGGCUCCUAAGGCACCAAAGGGAAGUGCACAAGAUGCAUCUGUCCAUCAAGCCGCCACUCUUCUGUCCGUUCCCCAACUGCAACCGGAGUUCGGGCACGGGAUUUGCCAGGAAGGAAAACCUCGAGCAGCACAAGCGCCGGAAACACCCGCAGGAGUUGUCAGACCAUGAACCGCCAGCGCAACACGAAGCGAUUUCGCAGCCUGCCGCAAAGCUUACAGCGGCGACGAGCCCACCUCAGCCCAAGAAACGGCCGAGAAAGAUCUCGACGGCGACAGAAGUACAGGGGCUGGUGCAGCAGCAACAGAAGCUUCUAGGCAGCGAGGUGGCACCGAGGGAUACGAUUGAUGGCAUUGGGGGAAGCGCCGAGGGCCGGGUGAUCCAGCAUCUUCGGGAUGAGCUGAUGCGGAAAGAGGAGCUUAUUCGCCGUCAGACAGCAGAGAUCCAUCGCCUGCAAAACCUGGUACGCAGUUUGCCACGUCCGUAG